GAAAUGCACCUCAACAUGUUUGUGAGAAGAUACGGCAAGUUCGCUCCUUCAGUGUCGCUGGUCUGUGGACUAGUCACGCUAUUUGGAACAUACGCGCUGGCUGUGCUGAACAAUCACAUUCCUGAAGGCAUGUGGCUUCCAUUCAUAUCUCUCAAUGGCGCGCUAGCUCCGGAAAGAUGGCUAUACCUCGCAGGAUUCUGGCUGACCAGCAUAGGAAUUUGUGUUUCAGCCAAGUAUGCCAAGGACACCUUCCUGUGGCGGGCAGAAUCACACCUCCAGUGUCUGGCUAAGAUCUCCUACUACUUCUCCCUCAUUGCAGCAAUGGGUCUGAUAGUGCAAGCGACCAUCCCUCUGCAAUCGAACAUCUUCGAUGUCAUCAAGAGGGAGGCAGAGCUAAGAGCGCAGAGUAUGAUACAUCAGACUGGAGCGUUGGUGCUGUUCUUGGCUGGUUAUGCUCACUGUAUCACGAUGGACAUCCUGCUCUUCCGCUCCCAUGCCCUCCCCUCCUCGACUUUCUCAAAGAGACUGAAGUUGGUCUUGACGUUCCUUAUGCUCGCCCCGUUCUUCCUUGCUUUCAUUCCUCACCCAGCCUCCUCAGUUGGUCCCAAGAAAACCGUUGAAGAGAUAUCAUACGGAGCCGUGGGCCAGUGGACAUGCGUUGGAGCGCUGCUGCUCUACUUCGCGUCGUACCAUCUAGAGUUCUGCGGGACUCACUCUGACGGUCCUCGACAUCACUAAGUGUUCUUGUUCCAUUUGAGU